UACUGAAUGCUGUUACAGUUGAUGGAGUCUCAUUAGAAAUAAUUUCUGUGUUGACUGCAAUCAGUUCAACGUAAGUCACUGCUGAAGUCCACUAACUUCAGUCGUGCUUUCAUUAGCAAAAUGAGUGAAGUAAAACAAGUUAUUUUUUCAUGAAUGUUGUUCGUAUUUCAUUCUGCAUCUGUUAUACUUCUAUAUAUGGCAGCCAAGGACGCUUAACAAGUUCACAGUUGCCCUACGUCAAUGAGCCCUCUCACUGAUUUUAAAUGAGUGACAUAAAGCACAAAAAAUAGAGAGCACGCCACUCUCGUUAGCUAUUUUUGAUGGCCACCAAGCAUUUUGAGACACUUCAGCCAAACAAUAAUGUAUUACGGAUAUAUGCAUCUAAGAAAGAUUUCUCUGCCUACAUUUUCCUGCUUGUGUACGUUACUUUGUAGGGUUUUAUGAAAGUGUGAGUACAGAAAGCGGCAUAUUCAAACACGGUGGCUACGUGUAUUUUUCUACAAAUCUCUCACAAAAAGAAGGGGAAGAAUCGAUAUCUCCCCUUUAUUUACGCUUUCGUCCACCUUAUUUCCUCUUUAUUGGUUGCUUGGUUGUUUGUUUGACCCCAGUAUUAAUUAGAUACUUUGGAUUAUGUUCUUAUAACUGAAGAAUGUUUAAAUUUUUUGUCGUUUUCAGUUGUUUUGUAGUCUCCGUAUUAAUUCAGGGUCAUUUACUCAAAUGACCAGUUAACAAGGUGACUCGAGUCACUCAAAUAUUUUACGUCGAAGAAUAAUGGGGAUUGUAAACAUAAACCUAGUAUAAUGCUUCUCAAAUUUUAGGUAAUACUGCAAAUUUACUAGCCCUGUUUGCUUAAAGUUAUGUGUUGUAUGUGCUUGUUGAGAUACCUUGUGAUAUUGGGGUCUAAACAUUAAGAAAUACUGAAGCCAAUGAAACUGCUACCAAAUUAAUCUUGAAUAACCGUUGUUUAGUUGCUUAUGGGCUAAAUUUUUAAUUUCAAGGUGAGAAGUGAGUGGAAUAACUGACGCUACAUUGUCGGUAUUUUUGCGGACGCUAAAGUGAUAUUCAACGCAAACAUAUAGGAGAUUGAAAUCCAGCAACAUAAUAAUCUAAGUUGAAUGUAGUUGACAGACAUACAAGUCAUCUCAACACUUAAUUGCCUGAAAUAGAUAUCUAGUAACGUAGAGGUUGCUGUGACCAAAUGGAACUCGUUCUCUAGAUAUCGGAUAAAAGCAUUCUACAUCUAUGUGCAGGUUGAAGUCUAUUUUUGAUUGAUAUUAGCCUUUAACAUAAUCGUCUUCUAUAAUCUACUCGUCAUCGUCUCAAGCAGAUAAUAUUGCAAUUAGAUGCGGUUUUUUCCAAGACUGUGUCUUCAUUUCGAGCACAUACAUGAUCCUGACCAUCCUACAGUGUGUACGAAGUCAUAAGUUUUCUCAGUCAACAUGUCCGUCGUUCUAAAAGUAUUUGUGAAAGUAAGUUAUUUGCAUCUGAAAUCAUGAUCAGUUGUCUAACCGAACCAAAGGGAAGUGCAGAUAAUAAAUAUAUUCUAUUUCUGUUAACUAGUUCCCUUCAUACUCACCAAACUUUUCAAAACUUGGAAAACCAACUGGUGAUGAAUAGGCUAAGUUACUCCUGAGCCUUAUAACAGUCAGUCUUUAGGUGAUUAAAUUAAGGCAAUAUUUCUUUAGUUGGAGUCACUGACUCUUAUUUGUAUCUCUUCAGGAAAGUGCUCAUAUAUUGAUUAGAAUUUCGAUGUAACCGUAAUUUAUGGUUAAAGAUUUAGUGUGAUGCCUCUUGAAGCGCUCUCAUUGCUAUAGAUGGAUUCCUUCCACUGGAAUGUGUCAUCACAUAUUUGUUGCUUCUCGAACCCAUAUUUUUCUUGACUUCCUAUUACUUGUUUUAUUACGUACUAUUAUUUGUAUUCAUAUUCUCGGUUCUUAAUUAUCCCUCUUGUGAUGGUUGACUCAUGGAAAUAACUCGUGUCCGUCUAUAUGGGCAGUUAUUUAAGUUCAAGUAACUUGUUUCAUGUCACUGUCGCCUUUGCUGUGUUAUUAGUCUGGCUACCAAAUUUCGGGUGCCCAACGUAAAGUUUUACCGUUCACAUGUGAAAACUGACAUCAUUAAGCUGUGGGCAUUUAAAGGUCAUCUGUUUUUGUUUCUUUCGAACGAUCGGUUGUGUUUGGUGAAGGUACGGUUAUACCAAGGUUUGAUAGUGAACAUCUAGGAAUACUGUAGACCAUUAUCCAACUGAUGUUAUCCUAAAGCAUUAGUAAAGUUCUACGCAUAUUCCAAAAUAUCUCAUGAAACACUAAUUGCUGCAUUCGAUAUGGAGUGCUAUAGAAUGGGUGGCAACUGUUGGGUUCCCACUGGUUAACCCGAUAUGACUCGCUAGAUAGAGUCCUAAAGAUCAGAAAGGCAUUUUCACAUCUAGCCUCUAAUUAAUGGGAGCAGCAUUCUUAGAUCGCGUUCCAUCUUUUUUUAUGUGCAAUAAGCUAUCCUUUUCGAAGCAAUAACCAUCAUCCUUCGUUACUGCUUUUUUGUGAUCAUUGCAUAAUUUCCUCUGUUGUCGUGAUGUUUUUUGUGAUGGAAUUCUCGAUAUUUCGUUAUACCAAGGUUUUUACGUUAUUAUUAGAUGAGAAUGUGGUUGAUACGGAUGGAAUCUCAUUAGUUAGAAAUUUAUUGUUUGAACCAAAAAACCACCGGGCAAUAAUACGACAAAAAAAAUCAAAAUUCUUAUUAUAUUGAAGAAUAUUUUCUUUUAUUCUCCUCUUGAUAUUUGCCGAUUUGCAACUAAAACUUAUAUUAUUUGAUCAUAUUAUUGGUAUGCCUAAAGCUUGCUAAUUUUCCCUUCAUUCAUGUAGAUAUACUUCAGUUCUACUUAUUAAAUGUUACAUGAGUUGUUACUUGCUUUACAUGGAAUUUCCGGUGGUAUAUUCGUCCAGUCUGAUAAGACUAAAGAUGAUGAUUUAGGUAUAGACCAACAUUUAAUACCCAUAUCAAAUAAUCUUCCUUUUGUACCACAAGGUGAACUUGUCCUUUAUGCGGAAUUAUUAAAACUUGGAACUUGCUACAAAUAUUUGCAAGAAUUUAAUGAACGCUUUUCCGAAUCAUAUCAUGGUUUAUAUUUAUCUGCAUUUGCAUUCGGAAUUGAUGAUUCACUUAAGGCAUACAGAAAAGAUCUAUGUACACUAGAAACUGAACUUCUGAUGGAUGCUGAUCUUGGUGUUUCACACAUUUCUUACCGUCUUCAUUCCUACAAGAUUUUAUUGCCUGUGCUUGUAAAAAUCACUAAAAAGGUAGAAAAUAUAGUUACAAGCCCUCAAACUACUGGCGUUAAGUCCAGCUGUCGGCUUUUAGAUACAAUAUUAUCAGCUGCGCCUCCUGGUCUACCAGGCCCACGAUUCACUAUCCAAAAGCUAGUGUUUCACAUUAUGCAAGUGUUUUUACGACAAUUGUCAUCGUGGCUUAUAUAUGGAGUUGUUCAUGAUCCUUUUUAUGAAUUUUUUAUCAAGUUAGAAGAUUUUACUUCAGUCUCUACCCACCCGAAUCCAUCCAUUUUACAAGGUUCUCAUGGUUAUUUUGAUGAUCAAUCAAAAAAUGAUUCAAUGACGACAAAACCAAAAUUUUUGAUAGAUAAUGCAAACCUACCAUCAUUUCUACCAACUUCAUUUGCCCAAAGAGUGCUUGAAACUGGUGAAGCUGUGUAUUCUGCCACCUGUGAUCCAUCAGAAGCUUCUUUCUUACUGGAAUUAGAGAAAAAUUAUUGUCCUCGUUUUGCGGAACUGUCAACUUGUUUGGAAAAAAAUUCAGACGGACUUCAGUCGACUGGGAAAACUUUUAGUAACCUGAUAGAUCUUAAUGAAAUCAGUAGUUUAGUAUGCGAUAUACAGAGUGUUGUCUCAUAUCAUGCUUGGUGUAGUUUAUUAAAAGAACACAAAUUACUUCAAUAUCUUCGCUUAGUUAAAGAUGUCCUACUUUUAGGAAGAGGCGAAUUAUUCUUGGCAUUCCUUGAUCAUUUAAAUAUUUUAAAUAAUCUCAGCAACAGUAAUAACUCACGUUAUGGGACCACUUGUGAAAUCCAACAUAACAUUUUAGACAAACCUCCUCCAGCAAAUGAAAGUGCAGUUCAGGCUCUGGAAUACGAUGUUACUGAGGCGUUUCUGGGAGCAGCUCGAUCUUUAGGUAUGGAUGAUGAAGAACUAGAUUCCAAUUUUAAGUAUGUCACUGUGUAAUAUUGAAUUUAUCAAAUGUAUGUAGACAGUUUUAUAGUGUUAUGUUACUUCUAUGUCAAACUGCUCUUAUUUUUGCCGAAUGAGUAUAUAUGUAUUGUUUGACUUAUAAUUCUCAGUUAUCACAAGGAUAUUUGUGUUCUGGCAUGUAAGCCAUGCCUGUAUUUUAUAUGAAAGUGUUUUAACUUAAAAGCUGAUGGUUAUAAAUCGAGUAUAAAAAAUUUAGCAGUUCAACGUCCAGAUGUAUUUCCGUCAGGAUGUUGAUCUCAGCAUGUUCGUUCUGUUAAUCCAGGGGAACUGCAUUAUCCUUUUUUGGCUAUUUAUUGGUAAAAUUUAUAUAUAUUCAAGGAUUUCAUUAAAGGUUAAUUUAUAUACCUCUUGUUUUACAACGGAGAUAAUUGGGUGUAUUUUAUGGACCAAAUUUCUAGCCCGUCGUUCUGUCCGAACAUAUGGUUAACACAUGAACAUUGAAAGUACAAACGACGGCGUCUUUGAAUGAUGAUUCACAUUUAAUUAAAUUAUUGAGUGAUCACUAGAUUAGACGCAGAUCUUUUGAAGUUAAGUAAGCUAUGGGUUCUCACUGUGAGGCGUAUUAAAAACUCUUGAUUUUUAAUGCACAGGAUAUUUGACAUCAGUAAUAUGAAACUAAGUUUUUGAUGAUCUAAGUUUAAUUUUACUCACCUUAUAGUGAACCUUUUCCAUUUGAUAAUAUAAUAUAAGGGGUAGGUGAUACAAUCAUCUAUGCUAAGAAUUCAACAUUAUUAUUACUACUACUAUUAUCGUUAUCGUUCUCUGGUUUACCAUAGAUUAUUGCAUAGCAAAUACGUUUAUUAGAUAUACUUAUGAAAAUCUUCACCUUGUCCUACGAUUCUCUAUGGUUCACCGUAUUGUUUCGAUCUUUUGUCUUCGUUAUCUAAAGGUGUAAAAAUUCGAACCAAUAUACAUGAAAUAUAAGUAACUGUAAUAACGGCAGAAAAAGUAAUUGGUUAUGACUUUUUAAAAAUGAGUAAAUUAACUUUAAAAAUUAUGUUGGUUUGUUCGGCAAAAUUAUAUCGUUAUGUAAAAUUAUUAGUAGUUCUGUCGUGUGUGCUACUGACGUCGACGGAUAUAUGAAGUAUGUAUCACCAAUCGAAAGUGAAAUGCCUGGUGGCAGAAGUUUAAGAAGACCGAAGAAAAGGGGACAAGAAUAAAGAAUGAUUGGUGUGGAGACGAAGGAACAAUCAAGUCUGAGACGAUUGAUUGACAUUUUGCAAAUGAAGUAUUUAGUGUAUGGUUCUCAGAUUUUACUAAGACAUUCUGUAAUUUUGUAUACAAAUACAUUUGGUUGUCAUCACCUGUGUUCUCUUUCACUAUAGUACUAUAAAAGGCAACAUUGAUGAAGUGACUUUGUAAUCAACAACCAUAUAAUAUCAGGUUGUAACCAGUCAAUAAAAAUUAUUUUGUAAAUAAAGACACAUGAUACUUCACGUGGGUUUUAUUAUUUAACUAAUCUUUAGCUUACCGAAUAGCCACUGUUUCUGCUGGGCCUAAAUAUGAUAAAGAUAAGCAGUAUACAUUGUCAGUAAUAAGUGUUAAGACGAUGGGAAUCGGCUAUCAUUACUUAUAUUGUAUUAAUAAUGAUGCGGAGACUCAGAGCAUUUCAUAUUAUGAUUGCACCUUUUAGUACUAGUUGUUAGUUUCCCGUGUCGUAAAUGAAUAACAACUAUCUGAUACUGAUUGCCUUACAUUCAAAGUAUCGAUAUAUGUGCCGAGACAAUCAUAAAACAUGGGCCAACAACCAGUUAAAGUUGACGGAAUAAGCCGUUAGUGAUAAGUGGAGAAAUCUGAUUAGCUCACCUUAUGAAAUUUGUCCUAUGUUGUCUAGAAAGAAAAUCAGAGCUUCACGAUCAAAUCACCCAGUUAAGUAAACGCAACUUCGCCAAAACGUCAUAUUCUAAAUAUGUGGGAUCUAGCGACACUAUCUAGUUGUUCAAACCGAAGUAGGUGGAACAAAAUUUAAAACUAGCCUACCAGUUGAAAACCACAUGCUUUCGCCGUUAACACACGUCCCCCACUGACUGACACCCAAAGCUGAUAUGAUUUAUAUUUUAAGAUUGAGACUAUUGACACAAAUAAAUUUACUGCUGUACCUUGUACCUAAGGUGGAGAUUCGUCUUCAUUUUCAGUUGGAGGAAAAAUAUUGAUGUUCAUUUUAGGUUAUCUUGUGAUAAGUUCAUUGUUCAGGUGAACAGUAGCUUGAGAAUCGUGUGUACAAACGAUCGCAAUCAUCUGAAUAGUGCAAAUCAAACACGUCCGAAGCUUCCAUCUACAGAGGGGGCCGAAAUUCAUUGUUUUCGAACAUCUACAGAGUCUUCUCAGCUCUCAAAUACUCGAUUAGGUCAACAGUCUUUAUGAACAGCUACCAUUACGUAAUAAGUUUUGUCGGAGUCAUUUCCCUAGUUUUAUCGGAAUUCAGUUUAGCUCAACUUUCUCACCAGAUAAGCGAUACCAUAAAAUGACUUUUGUUGACAUUACUUUCGAGUGAUGUGUUCAAUCAGUCCUAGGACUUUUCAUAAAGUUACUGGGUACAAAAAUUGUUUUUCUGUGCAUUUUCUAAAAUCAUACUAAAUUUAGAUUCUUGGAUCAGUAAUUUGAAAAACCACUCGUUUUGUUCCACAUUUAAAGUUUAGUUUCCUUAAAUUUUUAAUUCUAUCUAGAUUUUCAAUAAAGUUGACAGCAGCUCAAUCAAAUAAAUCGCCAGAAAAUAUUACUGUUUGGGAUUGUUUGCACUUAUGCAUUAUUGCUCCACCGGUGUUCGAACGUUUAUUCUCUCCUAAUAUUUGUCGUGCUUAUGACAGUUUAUUUCGAUUUCUAUUCGCUAUCCGUCGAACACAACUGAAAUUACAACAGUUUUGGGCUGAUCAGAUUCUUUUGUGGCGUCGUACCUCUGCUCGUAAUCAGUCCAAUGUAAAUUAUGAUCAAACACCACCAACCAACGUUUUUAUUAAGUUGCAAUCCUGUAUAGGUCGACGCCUUCUAGUUCGUAGUCAUAUGGCAUUUAUUAUUGAGAGUUUACAGUAUUAUUUACAGGUGGAUGUAAUUGAAGCACAAUUCUCACACUUGAUUCAUCGUUUACAUAGUGAUCAAGAAAUCCGAUUAAUUCAAAUCGCACAUGAAGCUUACCUGGCUGGUUUACAAGCACAAGCAUUAUUGUUCAUGCCAAAUAUAAA